GUCUGUCCCACACAAUCUCUAUUUUUUGACAAUCUCUUGGACUUUUUAACUUUUGCAUGCUGACGACGGAUUGAGCUGAGUAUGGCCGCCGAUAGUUUACAACUUCUUGAGAAAUGUCCCCCUGAAAAACUUGAUACCCUUUUGUACCAAGUAAUUGAUGGGCUAUGCGGACAUUGUCAUCCUAGGUAUCAGGACUAUGGUAAAGUCUGGAACAUCCAGCUAUGGAACCAGGUCAUUGAAGCUUGCCAAAGAUGGAUCAAAGAUGCAGUGAAGAAUGGACUCACCAAAGAUAAGAUGGAGAAGUCCUUAGAUAACCUGCCAGCUGAGAUUCAGAGGAAGCUAUCUGAGAGUGUGACAGUCAGAAGAGAUGACAUCAGAGCCAGUCUAUUAGCAGAUACUGCUGCCAUCUCACAUUCUAAUCUCAAAGACUUUGACUGGAAACUCAAGCUUGCCCUCUCCAGUGACAAAAUUGCAUCCGUUCAUGAACCCCUGGUCACUAUGGACUUUGACAUUCUUAAAGGAGACAAAAAUAAGAUUGUCUCAUUAGAGAUGGACAGACAGGAACUCAGCAAACUUAUCUUAUCUUUAGAAACUGCAAAUAAGGCUGUGCUACAAUUAAAGACAUGAAGCUGAUCCUGCUUUCUUUUUGAUGUAAGUUUAGAAUUUUUCCAAAAUCUACUAUAUAUAAUAUCUAUUUUAUAUUCUCAUAUACAAUAAUGGAGAAUUAACUUGUUCUACAAGCAAACUUGAAUCCUUGAAAUGUAACAACUUCUUAACAAUUUUGGGGGUUGAACAAAGAAUUGACUAGAGUGGGAUUCGAACCAACGACCUCCGGAUUAAC